ACUAAUAUUGAGGCAGUUGACGCUGCUUUCAUCUACUGUCAUCUUUUUUCAUCCAUUAUUUGACAAAAGCGGUCUCCAGGUUAUUUUCUGGAGGAUUUCUGCGAGAGAACAUUGGGUGACAGCAAGCUGGUAUUGAGUAAAGGAUGACCGCACAUUCGUUGGUGGUAGAAGUUUGCGGGCAUGACAAACUGUUCCACUGUGGAAUAGCCGUUGCGACAUAUGAAAGCGGAUUGAUUGUCGAUCUAGGAUGCCCAGGCAGACGGGAGGAGAUUGUUCCCUUCACUGAAGUUUACCUGUCGCAGUCGAAUACGUUCAUAUUACCGGACUGCCUUCGCCGGUUUAAUGUCGUGCGAAUUGCAGGGAUCAACGAGACGGUGGAAGUGUUACUCCGGGAAAGCAGUAAUGAGCCAUGGAAGUGGCAACCGGCCACUAUAGCUGGCCAUGACAUCCACCGCCAACGGCAAAAACUCGGCUGCGUCCGCUUGUCGGAUGGAAGGAUGCACGUCGUUCCCCUGGACUGCAUCAGACGCCCGGUUCAAAGGGUGUCCUUCAGCCAAGGACUGGAAGAAGCAAUUCAAACUGAUUUCAUGGAAAAUAUGCAGCAUUAUCGUAAUUCCGUGCUCCUGUCGUUGGGUGAAGCUGAAGAAAGCGCUCCCAUUAGCACAAAUACAAUGGCCCGGGAACGUGAGCAGCACGGAACCCGUGUAAUAGCGUAUAUGCUUAGCACUUUACCUUUUGUGCCGGCCGACAACGAAGAUUGCCCGUUACGAUGCCUUCCAGACAUUAUCCUGGCGGAAAUAUUCGAGUGUUUGUUUACCGCCAGUCAGUGCCGGGUGCGGGCGGUGUGUUUGGCAUGGAACGAGAUGUUCACAUCGAUGGCCAGCAGAGUCCGCCGCCGGCUCAAAAUUCAUGUGGCGUCCAAUCGUGGCUUUUUUCGAGCCACCUCUGACGUCCGCUCGUAUUCCAUGGGCAGUUUUGAUGUCACUGAUGCCGGUGCACAGCGCAUAGUGGCCGUUAUUGUCCAUGCAGUCUGCAAAAAUUCCCAACAACUAGUGGCGCUAAAGGACUGGCCUUUUUUUGAUGAGAUUUUUUUGGGAAAAGUUAUUAAAGGAGGGACUGAACACCUUCCCGCAAAGUUCAUUUUAAAAGAUUUUCGGUGCUUUUAUCCUCUUAAUCUGGAUGAGGAUUUCAUUACGGUGCUUUACAAGAUCUUUGACUCGCUGGCCACGAGUUGCCUGGAGAUCACUGUAACGAAUUUCAUUUGUGAAUUCCAGUGUUCAAAUAUGGAUGGGUGGUUGAACAUCACAGUCCGGAUUCCUUUUUGUCGACUGGGAUGCGAUCGGCGUAUGAAAGUCGAGCAGUGGUGGACAGUGAUCGAGACAGGCUGUCCACAGCUGGAUGAACUACAGUAUCAGCAUUUGAGCAAUGAAAUAAAGAAACGUGGACGGGAAUUCUGCUUUUGUCAAGUGCUGCAUUUGAUUGUUUGUAAUCGGCAUUCUAACGAUCCCAGACAGAGCGCUGGGUAUUUGGUCCCGUUCCCAGCCGGACCGAAUCCACUAGAGUCUGUCAUGGUCAAUCAGUUGAACCCCUUGAGCCAGUAUUUACUAUACUGUGCAGUAAAGGGAAAAAGAGUCGACUGCGCAGUGACCUGGCCCACUCCCUCCACAAUUCCGCCCCAUCACGGCAGCGGAAGCACAGAAGCACCAUCCUCGGACAAAGUGUGCACGCAAGAGACAUCACGCUCAGUUUCCUUGUCAUAGGCGGCUAGCCAUUAGGACAACGGCGCCUGGAAAAAGUGAUGUAAAACAUUCUCUGUUAGAGCUUAAAACGACUACAGUAGCUGUUUGGUCUCUUAUCAGAAGAUACUCUUUAA